AUGUGUUCAGGUUUGGUGGAAAACUAUGUGGCAACAAUGGUCAUUAGUGCAGCCGGCGAUGCCCUUGGAUAUAAUAACCACAAGUGGGAAUUCUGCAGAGAUGGACAGAAGAUCCACAAUGAGCUGGCCAAGCUGGGUGGCAUUGAGAACCUUGAUGUGGGAAGUAGGAGAGUGAGUGAUGAUACAGUGAUGCACAUUGCCACUGCAGAAGCACUGGUGGAAGCUGGUAGUCACAUAGAACCUACUAAGCUGUAUCCUCUGUUGGCAAAGAAAUACAAAGAAUGCAUGGAAGACAUGGAUGGUAGAGCACCAGGUGACUGUUGCAUAUCCAGUACAUUUUAUCUCAAACCUGAGCUGCCAAAUGGCUGGAAACUUCCCUUUCAAUCAUAUGGCGGAGGCUGUGGGGCUUCAAUGCGAGCCAUGUGCAUAGGGCUUAGGUUCCCACGACCAGAUCAGCUGCCGGACCUAAUCAGGGUCAGCAUAGACAGUGGCAAAAUGACUCACCACCAUCCAACUGGGUAUCUGGGAUCACUUGCUGCUGCCCUGUUUACCUCGUAUGCUAUAAAUCAAAAACCUCCACAUGAGUGGGGCAGAGGCCUGCUGGAUCUCUUACCCAAAGCCAAUGCCUUUGUGGUUGAGUCAGAUCAUGAUGUGGAAGCAAAUCUGGAGAGUUGGCCUUACUUUGAAAACCAGUGGAAAGCUUACCUUAAAAAAAGGGGUAUUUUAGACGGAAAGUCUCCGCCAACGUUCCCAGAGAAGUAUGACGUGAAGGAACGAGAUAAAUUUUACAAAGACAUCAGUUAUAGCGGCUGGGGUGGAGCCAGUGGGCAUGAUGCCCCUAUGAUUGCAUAUGACGCCAUACUUGGAGCUGGAGAGAACUGGACAGAAUUCACCCACAGGGCUUUCUUCCAUGGUGGUGAUAGUGAUUCAACCGCUGCCAUUGCAGGAGCCUGGUGGGGAGCCAUGUAUGGAUUCAAGGGUGUCAGCCCUGUCAACUAUAAAAUGUUGGAAUACAGGGAGAGACUGGAGAGGCUUGGAAGAGAUUUGUACCAACUAGUAUAGACCAAAGCUUAAUAACCUCAGGUUUGAUGCUACAUUCCUUAAGGAAUGCUAUCAGACAAAUUUCAAGGACAUCUAUUAUCAAGUCAUAAUGUGCUAGCCUCUGCUUGUUCUCAAUA